AUGGCUACCUUCACCAAGAUCGCAGAGGAUGCCCGCCCUAGCAUCUCUGUGAAUCCCAACCACCCAAUCGCGCGCAUUGAUGACAACACUUACGGCGGCUUCACAGAGCACAUGGGACGCUGCAUCUACGGUGGCAUUUACGACCCCGGCAACCCACUCUCCGAUGAGAAUGGCUUCCGCAAGGAUGUCAUUGAAGCUGUGAAGGAGCUGAACUGCCCUGUCAUGCGUUAUCCCGGCGGCAACUUUUGCGCCACUUACCACUGGAUUGAUGGCGUUGGACCCAAAGAGAAACGUCCUAAGAGGCCUGAGUUGGCUUGGAUCGGCGUCGAGUCUAAUGAGUUCGGAACGGACGAGUUCAUGAAGUGGUGCGAGGUCGUUGGCGCAGAGCCCUACCUGGCUCUCAACUUUGGUACUGGCACGCUAGACGAGGCGCUCGCGUGGCUUGAGUAUUGCAACUCCGACAGGGACACAUACUACGCCAACCUACGGCGUCAAAACGGCCGUGAAAAGCCUUACAAUGUUAAGUACUGGGCACUGGGCAAUGAGAUGUGGGGUCCCUGGCAGGUUGGCCAAAUGACCAAGGAGGAUUACGCCAAGCAGGCCUACCAAUGGGCCAAAGCUAUGAAGCUCCUCGAUCCCUCGAUCGAGCUGAUUCUCUGUGGUGAAACUGGCUUCAGCAGCUGGGACACGUAUGUCAUCAAGGAGUGCAUCACGUGGAGCAUGCACGGCCUUGGCGGUAGCACUACUGCGUCGUUGAUUGACAUGCACAGUAUUCACCUUUACACUGCUUCAAACGACCAUCUCAAGAAUGCUACUGCUCCACGAGCUGCGGAGCGCGCCAUCGAAAUCACAGGAGGCCUCAUCGACUUAGCCCGUAUUGAAAACAAAGUUCCCCCGACAUGCAAGAGACAGAAGAUCUGCUUCGAUGAGUGGAACGUAUGGGAUCCUGUCCGAGCUCCGGGUGAAGAGGGCGGUGAGGAGUCUUACACGCUGUCGGAUGCCCUAGCUGUUGGUGUCUGGCUGAAUGUGUUUGUGCGUCAAGCCAAGUACAUUGGUAUGGCCAACAUCGCCCAGUCCGUCAACGUCAUAUCGCCGUUGAUGACCACCAAAGAGGGUAUCACCAAGCAAACCACGUGGUGGCCUCUGUUGCUCUUCAGCAAGUACAUGAGAGGUCAAGUCAUUGCGACCAAUGUUCGGUCUCCAGAAUAUGAGGGACCCACUGAGCCCAACUGGAUCAGAGGUGCUAUCGAAACACCUUACCUAGACGUCAGUGCCACGAUCGAUGAUAAUGGCUACAUCAAUCUGGCAGUAGUCAAUGUUCACGAGACCAAGAGUUUCAUCACGGACUUAGACGGCAUUACCUCCGGUGCUGAGGUCGAUGUCUACACUGUUACUGGUGACAGCGUCACACUCGUCAACACAGGCGACAAAAGCCCCGUUGGGAUCGUUGAAGGCAAGUGGGACGGCAAGGGGGCGUAUGAGUUUGUGAAGGCAUCUGUUACUCUACUGAGAUGGAAAGCUUAA